AUGGAAGGGGAGCAGCAGGGCAUUCAGUUUCAUCAGGUCCUAGUAGCCCACUGGAGGAUCAAGGAUGAGCCAGAGGAGCCAAACGAGGAAAAGGGCGUUGAGGAGGCGUGUAGUGAACCUCACCAGUUGGAAGCGUCGUCAAAUUUCCGCAUGUUUCAAGGGGUGGAUACAGACUACUUACGCGCUCUCGGGGAGGCAGUUAUCAACCUGAAGCUUCAACUCAUCAUGGCCAAGGCAAGGGUUGCGCGAACCGAGCGAAAAGUAGAGGUAAUCACCCAAGAGGCGGAUGAACUGGCUAAACUUCUGGUGCGCCACCUAGACGAUUGA